GCAGUUCCCAGGCGCUUGGGGGCCCGCGCUGGCCUGGGAGGAGUAGCCCGUCUCGGAUCUGCUCUUGCUGCGUCUCUACGCCCUAUCCACUGGACGCCAGUGAGCCUCAGAAUUCAGGGAAGCUACCUUGAUGUCCCUGGUAUGUCAGAACUGAGUGGGACCUGCUGAGGGGCCAGAGUGACCUCAACUGCCUUUCCCAGCCUGGUGUCAAGAUGCUGAGCCUAAAGCUCCCUAGGCUAUUCCGCAUAGACCAGGUGCCCCAGGUGUUCCAUGAGCAGGGCAUCCUCUUUGGUUACCGACACCCACAGAGUUCCGCCACUGCCUGCAUCCUCAGCCUCUUCCAAAUGACCAAUGAGACCCUCAACAUCUGGACGCACUUGCUACCCUUCUGGUUCUUUGUGUGGAGGUUCAUGACUGCACUCUAUGUGACAGACAUCCAGAAUGACAGCUACUCGUGGCCGAUGCUUGUGUACAUGUGUACCAGCUGCGUGUACCCCCUCGCCUCCAGCUGUGCACACACAUUCAGCUCUAUGUCCAAGAACGCCCGGCAUAUCUGCUAUUUUCUGGACUAUGGUGCCGUCAAUCUCUUCAGCCUGGGCUCAGCCAUCGCCUACUCUGCAUACACGUUCCCUGAUGCACUGGUCUGCAGUACCUUCCAUGAGUGCUACGUAGCACUGGCCGUGCUAAACACCAUUCUCAGCACUGGCCUCUCCUGCUACUCCAGGUUUCUUGAACUCCAGAAGCCCCGGCUCUGCAAGCUACUCCGGGUCCUGGCCUUCGCCUACCCCUACACUUGGGACUCACUCCCCAUCUUCUACAGGCUCUUCCUGUUCCCAGGGGAGAGUUCAAGAAAUGAAGCCAUGUUGUACCACCAGAAGCACAUGGGCAUGACUCUCCUGGCCUCUUUCUUCUACUCUGCUCACCUGCCAGAGCGACUAGCCCCUGGACGCUUUGACUACAUUGGCCACAGUCACCAGCUGUUUCAUGUGUGCGUCAUCCUGGCCACACACUUGCAGAUGGAAGCCAUCCUUCUGGACAAGACCCUGAGGAGGGAGUGGCUCCUGGCCACCUCCAGACCCUUCUCUUUCCCUCAGAUAGCAGCGGCCAUGCUUCUGUGCAUCAUCUUCAGCCUCAGCAACAUUAUUUAUUUCUCAGCUGCUCUGUAUCGGAUCCCUGAGCCUGAAUUACAUGAAAAGGAAACAUGACUUCAGAAUGUGCCAGGCUUUGGUGUUAGCAGUUGGUGUGGUGCUGGCUUACAGUGGCCAAAAGCAUUCGUAGCAACUGAUGUCUUGACAUUUUUUUAAUGGGUUCAUAUCGGAAAAAACAAAACAAAAAGGAUUUAAUUGGGCAGAGUUCUCUGCACACACACAGAUUCUGUAUGUGUUCUGUAAAAGGUAGAAUUUGAGCAUAAGUCCUGGAUAAGGAUAAAUAUUAAGUUUAAAACUUAUUUAAAAUGGGGUGUUUAGGGCCUGGAGGUGUAGCUCAGUUGGUAAGUAGUUGCCUAGAAUAUUCAGAGCCCUGUUUUUGUUUUGUUCUUUAUUUUGGGUUGUUGUUUGUUUGAGGCAGGGUCCCACUAUGUAGCUCAGGAUGUCCUGAAAUUUACUAUGUAGACCAGGCUGGCUUUGAACUCACAGAGCUCUGCCUGCCUCUGACUCCUGAGCGCUGGAUUAAAGGUGUGUUGCCAAGACACUGAAGCUCUGGUUUUGAUCCUCAGCACAGCAGAACUUGGUCCUGUGGCUCAUGUCUAUAAUUCCAGCACCAGGGAAGCAGAAUCAGAGGGUCAGAAGUUUAAACCAUCCUCGGAUGCAUGAGAUUGUAUCUCUAAAAACAUAGUUCUCAAUUCUAUUCCAACAGUUAUAUUAAGCAUACUGCCCUGCCUCUCUAGUUUUUGUAUUGAUGUUUAAAAACAGCAGAGGCUACAUUUGAUGAACUUUGUAUAGCUAAGCUUUUUCCCCCAGAUGAGUGAGAUGGUUCAAUGAGUUAAGAAGCUUGCUGCCAAGGCUGACAACAGGAGUUCGAUCCCCAGGACCUGCUACAAAGUAUUCUACAGUAUCGAUAAGGUGUGAUGGCCUCUGGAGCUCAUUGAUGCCAUCCCAGCUGUUAGGGCUCCCUGUCCCUUUUUCAAGCAAUGGAAGAGCUGUCUUUGGAGACAUCCCAUGCCUGACAUUGGGUUGGCAUGCCAAGAUGCUGCCAGACUUAGUAUUUAUGCAGAGGGUGUUGACCUCACCAGUGGGACAGUCAAAUGUCCUGUCUUCAACCUUUCCUGUGACACAGAAACACACAGGUGGGUAAGCUUGUGACAUGCAUUUCCUGGGGUAAACUAGGGCUUCUGCUUUCCUACACCAAAUGUAGGAAGUGUGGGAAAUGUAGACAGCAGCACUUCCCCAGAAGCCCAGCACAGGAGGGAGGAGGCAGAUGCUGAAGACAUUUGUGCUGUCUUUCAUUUACAACUUGAUCAAAGCUCCAGCAACUUGCCAUCUACAUGUGUGUCCCUGUUUUCUCUCCAGGAUCUUCUACUAUUGAUAUUUUUUUAACUGGUUAAAUGAAAAUGAAGUCCCAUGGGUUAGACCCUAGACUAAAAAGUAAAUAAAGCCAGGAAGCUUGAAGGCAAGGCUCUCGGACGUGCACACUGAUUUUAAAAUGCCAGCGUCCUGUGCGCAGACGAAGCGUGGUCAGCCGGCCUCCUGCCUGCCGGCCUCCUGACUGCUGGGCCAGCCUCAGACUCGGAAUCUGUGCCUUCCCUACCAUGCAUGGUGGAUGCCAAUUUGCCUUCUGAAUGAUAAGCCCAACUAAAUCCCUGCUUAAAAAAAUUAAACAAUAAAAAGAAAUCACAAAACAGAACAUCAAGAACAGCAAAAACCCAAAAGCCAACUCUGCUAAGGCCAUAGCCUUGUGCGACAAUCCCUUCAGUCUUCCACAGAUAAUACUUGUGCAGGACUUCUAUCCAGAGCUGCCUGUCCACCCUUGGACCAACGUUACCUUGUUAUUGAUGCUUAUAACCAAAUACUGCUGUGUUCUUAUACAACAUGGCAUCUUCCUCAUUUUGCCUUAAAAAUAUCACCUUAUAGAGUGGAGAUGGCAAGAUGUGCAAGCAUCAAGGUGAGUUUAGCCCCCACGUACAACACGGAAACCUAGGUGUGGCUGCAUAUACCUGUAACCACAGCAUUGGGAACAAAGAUAGGCAGGUGCUGGUAGCUCACUGGCCAGGCAUCCAUACAGAGCAGCUUAGUGAGAGGUCCUGUUUCAGCAAGGUGGGGAAGCAAUGGAGUAGACAUUCUGACAUCAGCCUCUAGUCCUAAGCGCAUAAGCACGGGUAAGUGUGUCCAGGCACACUCACCCUUGCCUAGACUCUGUAUGUGCACUUCACUUACCAGCACGAGUGCAGCUAUCACAGAUCUGUUCUGGAUUAAUUUGUUGUCUUUGGAGAAACUCUGUUAUUUAGGUUCAUGAUACCAAACACGCCAAUCCCUUGUUUGUUGCAUUUGUAAUUAAAGUUCAGCGUUUUAUAGUGUU